AUGUGGCGGUGGUUGCUUGUGUGGCAGACCGCUGUGGUCUUGGUGGGGGGCACGUUGGACAUACGCUUCUUCAACUCCGGAAGAUACAGCGGUGGUUCACAGAUUAACUGCGUCGAUUAUCCUUGGCAGACAGAUUUUUCGUAUACAGGCUGGCGCGCACCCAGAACAGCUCCGUUGUACGCCACCUUCAAGCUCCGACCGACUCCUGCCACCAUAGAUGGCAUCACGCGAAGGAUAGACUACCUCCUAGCCAACAGAGACGAGAUCAUCAAAGAACAUGCCAAACUGGUGCAAGAUAUCAACAGCAUGCGCCAGGUCAUGUAUGUAGCGCCCUUAGCAGACGAAAAUAGGGAUUACGAUGAGUCCAUCUACCAUGAAAUCAUUGAAACGACCUCCACGACCAGCAGACCUACUACUCCUAGACCACAGAAGAGGGAGCAUACCCAGAAGAACGGGAUACCGGUUAUUUUACUUGGUGGUUCCAGCCAGAAGCAGCAUUUAGUGAUGAGUCCACCGGUUAGAGUGAAACAGAGUAUUAGUUUAGUUGGAUCAUCAGUGACUCCGCUUGUCAGACAUCCUUACCCGUUUGUGACGACGGCGUCUACUCGCCACCCCGUCAAAAUCUGCAUGGCAUCUCCUGCCACUUAUACCACUACAACCAAAAGACCAUCAUUCUUAGAAAGGUUAAUAAGGUCUAUUCUACCAAAAUACAUAGGAUAGCACAUAUUGUGAUAUAGUUACGAGCGGUAUU